ACAGGUGUUGGCGUGUGUCAGCAAGAUGAAAGCACUCCGAGAAGGCCCAAUGCGACGGAGGUGUCAGGUGUCGGCACCCCGAGCGUCGCCACCUGCCGUCGGUACCGUCGGCGUCGUCGCGUCAGCACCGUCGGCGUUAUUCGAGACCCAGACGACGGGCGGCUGCCCUGGGGACCGGCGACGUGUGCCCUAGGGCCGUGAACCGCACCACGUGCAGAUUCUUCAUACCUGGUGGAGCCAAAAAGAGACGGCUCUUGGCUGCCUUGCGUGGAGCGAGAUUCAACAAGUGACAGCCUAUCCGGAAAGAAUCGACACCAGUCAGCAUGGCCCUGGUGCAACAUGCCGUCCAACCAAGAAGAGGAAUGACAUAUUUCAUCUUUCUAGUUGUUCUUUUAGUACCGUCGAUAUUGUACAUGUGCCGACCAACUUUUGAUACGAGACAUUUUAUUUUAUCCCAAAUGCAGCACAGGCAUCUCAGUGACCAUAGUGAAAACACCUUUAUAAGUGAAAGUUCAUCACCAAGAAAUAAGACGAUAUUGCUUUGGACGACAUUUUACGGCAGUCCCGAUCCGUGGGAGCUGCUGUUUUAUGACACGGUGUCGGGCGGCUGUCCGGUGUCGGGCUGCACUCUGACCCACGACCGGGAGCAGCUGGACUCCGCGGACGCCGUGCUGUUCCACCUGCUGGACAUCCAGCUGGAGGAUCUGCCGCGGCGGCGGCCGGCCGGCCAGCUGUGGGUGCUGUUCUGUCUCGAGUCGCCCGGUUACCCGCUGGUGCGCCGGCGCCGCCUGGCCCGGCUGAACGGCCUGUUCAACUGGACCAUGACGUACCGCUGGGACAGCGACGUGGCCGUGCCGUACGGCCUCGUCCUGCCGCCCGGCCGGCUGCCCCGGGCCGUCAGUGCCGUGCUGCCCCGGCGGCCCGCGCUCGCCCGCUACCCUCCGCCGACCACCAAACGCCGACUGAUGACCUGGAUGGUCAGCAACUGUCGCACGCCCGGCAAACGGGAACGCUAUGUCGCCCAGCUGCGCCGGCAUAUUCAGGUGGACAUAUACGGCAGCUGCGGGACGCUCAAGUGCGGCCGCUCCGAGUCGGUUCAGCAGCAGCGCAAUCACACCAACUUCCCCUGUGAAAAGGCCAUCACCGACUACAAGUUUUACCUGGCGUUCGAGAACACCCUCUGUCCAGACUAUGUUACGGAAAAGUUCUUUCGAACCCUCGCUCUAGGAACGGUGCCGGUGGUUUUCGGUGGAGCACAGUACUCCUCACUGGCCCCAGAGGGCAGUUACAUCGACGCGCUACAGUACGAGCCUCGGGAGCUGGCCGAGCUUCUACUCUACCUGGACAGAAACGACACCGCCUACCGGGAGCUGUUCCGAUGGCAGGCUGACCACCGGGUGGUCAACGCACACCCGCUGCGGCCGCUCACGUGCGGCCUGUGCCGGCGGCUGCACGAGCUCCCGGCCGGCACACAGGUGGGCGUUCGACACGACCUGCACCGCUGGUACUCCGCUAAACAGUGUCACCAGUGGCGCCCCAGAGGCUGAGGUUCACACGGGACACGGUAGGAUGGAAGCGAGGGAAGUGUUUGGGAUACGUCGCUGAGGCUGAUGACUGGGGCCAAUACAAACAUUUUGUAGUCAUUUCCCCGGAAAGAUA